AUGCCUAAGGAAGCUUCUUUCGCUCCCGGUGACUCUGCCAAGGGUGCCAAGCUCUUCCAGACCCGUUGCGCUCAGUGCCACACUGUCGAGGCUGGCGGUCCCCACAAGGUUGGCCCCAACCUGAACGGUCUCUUUGGCCGUAAGACCGGUCAGGCCGAGGGAUACUCCUACACCGACGCCAACAAGCAGGCCGGUGUUACCUGGGACGAGAACACUCUGUUCUCCUACCUCGAGAACCCCAAGAAGUACAUCCCCGGUACCAAGAUGGCCUUCGGUGGUCUGAAGAAGGGCAAGGAGAGGAACGACCUCAUCACUUACCUCAAGGAGUCGACCGCCUAA